AAAAGUGUUCGUUGAGGCUAUGCUAACCUGUUUCUAAUUUUACUUUUAAUUAAAAACGUUUGUUCUAUUAUCAGGUGCGCUGUUAGUAUUUGGACCUUAACUCGAUUACAAUCUAAAAAGGAUGCUGUUUGAACUCUUUAAGACAAAGGUGGAUCGUUAUUCAUCAUGGCUAUAAAUGCAGAAGAGGAGGUUCUGAUUAGCCAGAUGUUUGAAGCCUAUAUCACAGAGUAUCAUCAUGGUGACAUUAUCAAGCUCAUUGCAGCCUACAGUGAUGACAGUCACCAACCUGUUGUUAUCAAUGCGAUGACAUUGUUCGAAGCCAAUAUGGAGAUUGGCGAUUAUUUUAAUGCCUAUCCCAGUGACGUCCUGACAAUAUUUGACAAAGUUUUGCAAAAAACAGCCCGAGAGUUGUCAAAAAAUGCUACUGUUAAGCAUUUGGAUGGACUACGCCCAACAGAGCAAAGAGUGAAAAACACCCUACAUGCACGUAUCACAGGACUACCAGUCUGUCCAGAACUCACCAGGGACACAAUUCCCCGGUCUAGAGAUGUUGGGCAUUUCUUGUCUGUCACUGGGACCGUCAUACGCACCAGUAUUGCCAAGGUCCUUGAAUACGGGCGUGAUUACAUGUGCGCCAAGUGUCGUCACAUUUUCAUGCUGCAGGCAGACUUUGAGCAGUUCUAUUCCUUUGUCCCACCGGUGGUCUGUCCCAAUCCUGAUGGCUGUAAUUCAUGUAAAUUCAGCUGUCUGUCUGGUGGAUCUGAGCCUGCUGCCUGUCGGGAUUACCAGGAGAUCAAAAUACAAGAGCAAGUGCAGAGGUUGUCAAUUGGCAGUAUUCCUCGUUCUAUGGUUGUGGUCCUGGAGGAUGACCUUGUAGACACUUGUAAGUCAGGAGAUGACGUGACUGUUUAUGGAGUGAUGUGCCAACGUUGGAAACCCUUUUAUGAUGGGUCUCGUUGUGAUGUUGAGCUUGUCCUCAAAGCCAACAACAUAGAAGUUAACAAUCAACAGGGUGCUGCCUCUUUACUGACCGAAGAUGUUCAAAAGGAAUUUGAAGAAUUCUGGGAACACUACAAAUAUGAUCCAAUAGCUGGCAGAAACCAGAUCUUGUUGAGUCUUUGCCCUCAAGUUUAUGGCAUGUAUGUAAUUAAACUGGCUGUUGCAAUGGUGUUAGCUGGAGGGGUGCAGAGAAUAGAUUCUUCUGGAACUAGGACCAGAGGUGAAUGUCAUAUGCUGCUUGUUGGAGACCCAGGCACAGGCAAGUCUCAGUUUUUGAAGUAUGCAGCCAAGAUGAUGCCUCGUUCUGUGCUCACAGCUGGAAUCGGUUCAACAAGCGCAGGACUUACGGUCGCAGCAGUGAAGGAUGGAGGUGAUUGGCAUCUGGAAGCAGGCGCCCUGGUACUGUCAGAUGGCGGUUUAUGCUGUAUUGAUGAAUUCAACAGCAUCAAGGAACAUGACCGCAUCAGUAUUCAUGAAGCUAUGGAGCAACAGUCCAUUAGUGUGGCCAAGGCUGGUAUGGUCUGUAAGUUGAAUACUCGUACCACCAUUCUGGCAGCUACCAAUCCAAAAGGCCAGUAUGACCCAAAUGAAUCACUGUCUGUCAACAUAGCACUGGGUAGCCCUUUACUAAGUCGAUUUGACUUGGUUCUGGUUCUGCUGGACAACAGAAAUACAGACUGGGAUCGCAUCAUCUCGUCCUUCAUUUUGGAAGAAAGAGGAUUGCCCUCUGAGAGUGCCACUCUCUGGCCCAUGGAGAAAAUGAAGGCAUAUUUCUGUGUAAUAAAGCGUUUGCAGCCGCAGGUUUCAGCAGAGGCUAAUUCCAUCUUAUCCCGGUACUAUCAGCUGCAAAGGCGAAGUGAAGGCCGCAAUGCAGCACGCACAACCAUCCGGAUGCUGGAAAGUCUGGGCAGACUGGCUGAAGCCCAUGCUAGACUCAUGUACAGAGAGACCGUCACAAUAGAGGAUGCUGUAAUGGCUGUCUCUGUAAUGGAGUGCUCUAUGCAGGGUGGUGGUUUACUUGGAAGUGUGAAUGCAGUGCUGACUUCAUUUCCUGAUGAGCCUGGUCAGCAGUAUCAGACACAGUGUCAGGUACUGUUAGAAGGCCUGAACCUGCCCGUCUUACUCCAGAAGGAGAUGGACAGACUGGCGAGGCUUGGGGGCAGCCGCACGGAGGCCUCCAGCUUUGGGCAACCAUCAGAUCACCAACAUCAAAUGCAAUCUGACAUACCAGAGGCACAGAAGAGUAUUGCUGAGCCAGAUGAUGGUUUGCAUUGGUUUGACUCCAUCACGCCUUCUCGAGCUUCACAAGAAAUUACCUCGCCUGUAUCUACAUCAACUCAGCAGGACAAUGAAAAACCACACUCUGAUUUGUCAACCAACAUCACCUCAAGAGUGAAUCACAAUCUUGAUUUAAAUACUGAUCAGUCAGUUACUGAGAAAAGAGGAAUGGUUCGGAAAAAACACCAAAAAGUUCAGGAGAAUCAAAAUGGAAUUGACGGUCAACACGCACAGCCUUUAGGGAGUGUGACUCAGAAAGUCUCGAAAAAUCUAGCAGGAAGAGUAAAGGAACAACACAGUAAAAUCCAACCAGGUGAAAAAGCAGGGAUUGGAGAAAGCGUAGUCUCUCUGAAUAAUACCAAUGACCCUGUCACCAUUUCUAAUCAAACCGACAAUAGUGGCUUGGAUAAGAGAAUUCAGGGUAGCCAAGGGUGUCGAACUUCAACUACAACCAUAAACAAAACAAUAACAGAGGAAAAUAUGCCUGUCAAGUUCUCAAACUUUACAUUUAAACCAAAGAAGAUGAGACCAUUAGUCCACCAUGAUAAUGACUCAAAUGUGAGCACAAUUACAUCACAAAGACCUAUUGAACCGAAGGUUGGCAGUAAGGACAAUAAAGACCUUCCAGAAAACGACGACGGAAAAAACAAACAAGACAAAAAGCACCAGAGUCUUAAAAGUGGAGGCGUAAGAAAACCGGUUAGCUGUGUUAGCAAGAAACCACCUUUGCGUUUUACAUCAGAAACCUCAGAUAAGAAAAAGCCAACACAAGCACAAUCAGGUGGCAACAAAUCCCCAAAUCAUGGCAGAGGGAGCACGGAUGGGAGUAAAGAGGGCUUCACACUUGUAAAACCGCCUUCAAGCUCCUUGAAAUCAACAGUCGUCCCCUCAACUCUAGCUAAACUUUCAAGAUUCUCAUUCACUGGCACAACUGAGCCCAGGCCCAAAUCAACGAAUCAUCAAAAGGAAACAAGUCCACAAGAAAUAGAUCAUGCUGAAAUCUCAAGUAGUGAUUUAGUUAAACAACCUCAAAAUUCUGUUGCACAUAGUCAGAAAUUAGAAAAAAUCCCUGAGGUAAACGUAUCAUUACGCCUAAACUCAGAGGCACAGGACCCUGAGAGGAAUGCUAGAAUAAUGCCUAAAUAUAGUAUAAAACUAACAGAACCAACGCAAGCUGGAUUGUAUGGUGUAAAACUGGUGGAAGAAAAUGUCGGCAAACUAAAAAGAAAGAGUUUUGACCUGGACCCUCCGAUUAUUGCUCCUCACGGUUCAAAAGGUAUGUUCAUCAACACACCGCUCUUUGGCUCUGGUGAUUUAAAUGAUGACAUUCUUGACACUGACUGGGACAAAGAGGUAGUAAAGAAAGCCAAACUGUAGUAUAGUACACGUUCUUGUAAGAUAUUCAGCAGUUGGCCAUUAGAUGGAAACCUUCAUCCACUGUAAAUCCUCAAUGUUCCACUCAUGCUGUUUCACACAGCCUGUGUUGCUUGGCGGGGCUUUUUUCACUUGCCUAGCAGUGUUUUUUGCUUCUGCUGUAAUUCAAUGUCUUUUACUACACGACACAAUAUUGCUGAUGUCCUGGUAUUGUACUCUUCACUUUCUAGUCACCAAAUGAAUCAAAAUAGGUAGAAGAGUAAUUAAUAUCCAAUUCGUUCUGUCAGUCUGGGUCAAUUGGUUUGAUCAUUUAAACAUUCGUAGUAUUUUGAGUUAGAUCUUUGCCCUGUAAAUGUCCAAUGUAAAUCUUAUAAUUUUCAAACAAAGAAUUGACUUUUGGAUUUACACAGUAUAGCCAAACCAUGGUGAAUUAGAGUGGAAUGACUGCACUGGGCCCUCACUGCGAAGCAAUGUUGACAGUGUUGUGCUAAUUGGAUUUGGAUAGUAAUAUUACAUCAAAAGACAUCAGCCACUGCUUUAAAAUGGCAGUAAUUAGGUCUUUCUUUAACACAGGGCGAUUGGGGAGUGGGAUUAAGAGUGCAGUAUGUAAUGUGACACACGUAGUGAAAUUCAAUGUAAAACUGAAAAUGCAAUUCAUCCCACAACUGUUGAUAGUAAUAAAUUGU